AUGAAUCCUAUUCUGUUUGACAAUAUUCUUAAAGAAAGUGGAAUUAAGCUUUAUAAUUAUAAUGACUUCACUAUUUUGGAAAAAAUUGGUAAAAGUGAAUCUGCUAAUGUAGAAAAAGCACGUUUGGAAAGUCUUGAAUGUAUAGUUAUUUUGAAGAUUUUGAAAGUUAAAAUGAGUCUAGGUGAACAUGUUAUUCGGGAAUUUAUUGUAGAGCUUCAAACAUUACAUGAGGUCUCGGAACCACCCCAUCCUCACAUUCGUCAUUUUUACGGAGUAGCUAAGGAUAAUAAUAAAGACCAAUAUUUUUUAGUAUUGCAAUAUGCGGAUA